AUGAAUGAGGUAACUCUUAAUUCCAAAAUUUUUAGUGACAAUAAAGAAAAUAAAAAUAGAGUAAAAGAAAAUAUAAAAUAUAAUAAUGAGAAUAAUAUUAAGGAUGAUAUUCAUAUGGGGCACAUGAAUAAUAGUGUACAGAAUUUGUAUAACAUAUAUAUGAAUAAUAGUAAUAACAUAGAUAAUAUAAAUCACAACCAUAAUAAUAAUAAUAAUAAUAAUAAUAAUAAGAGUAGUAAUAAUAAUCUUAAUAAUGAAUAUAUGUUUAAAUAUUUUAAUAAUUAUUUAAAUAAAAGUGGGAAAAAUAAUAUAUGCGAUAUUAAUAAUGAAAAUGUUGAAUGUAAUAAUAAUAUGAACAAAAAUAUGGAAGAAAAAAAUUUUAUAAACAUCAAAAAGUAUAAUAUAAAUGAUACAAAUGAUACAAAUGAUACAAAUAAUAUAAAUAAUAUAAAUAAUAUAAAUAAUAUAAAUGAUACAAAUAAUACAAAUGAUACAAAUAAUAUAAAUAAUAUAAAUGAUAAAAGUAACAUAAAUCUUCGAAAUAAUAUUAAUGAUACCAACAUCAUUUUUAAUAAGCUAAAUUCUAAUCAUUUACAUAAUGGUGAUUAUGCCUUUACAGAUUUUUUAUUAAAUAAUAAAAUUAUAAAUUCACAUAAUAAAGAAAUUAUUCAUACAACCAAUGAUGUUUUAAACGAACAUAUUAUGUCAAGUAAUAUAAAUAAUAGUAUUUCCAAAAGUAAUAAUAAUUAUUAUUUUGGAAAUGAAAAAUAUGAUAAAGAUAAUAAUUAUACACACCAUGAUGAUCAUUUCUAUAAUUCUUCUUCAUAUACAAAUGAAGGUGCAAUAAAAAAAUUGAAGAAUAACCCUGUGUUAUUAAGAGAUUCGUGUAACGAAAAUAUUAAUACUUUUGAUAAUAUAAACAGUAAUGAUAAUAAUAAUAACAACAACAAUAAUGAUAACAACAAUAAUGAUAAUAAUAAAAACAAUAUAAAUGAACACACUCAUAUGAAUAGCAACAUUAGUACGAAUGUAUCAGAUAUUACAAUUUUGGAAAAUAAAAAAUUAUUAAAUAUUUUAAAUAUUAAUAAUAAUAUAGAAAACAAUUUUAAUAGUAAUAAUUAUAGUUAUGAUAAAAAUGGUUUGUUUGAAAGUAAGGAUAAAGAUAUGAAUUGCUUAACACCUCAGGAGGAAAUUUGCAAGGUGCAAGACAAAGAAAAUUAUAAAGAUUUUCUUAACGUAAUAAAUAAAAGAAUGAUAAAUUUUACAAAAGAUAAUAAUAGUAAUAAUAUUAAUAUAAAUAAUAUUGAUAAUGUUAAUACAAAAUCUAGUUUAUUUAAUGAUAAAAUAUUCAUGGAUAACCAUACGGAUAAUAUUAUGGUUACCAACAACAACAACAACAACAACAACAACAACAACAACAACAACAACAACAACAACAACAACAAUAAUAAUAAUAAUAAUAAUAAUUAUAAUAGUAGUUGUAGUAGUAGUAGUAAUAAAGCUACGAAUAUAUAUAAAUAUAAUACUAACCAACACAGUGAUAGUAACAAAAAUACCAACAAUAUUGUUAAUAUAAAUCAUGAAUAUUAUAAAAAAUUGACACCAUUAAAAGUAAAAAAUGAAAACGAUGAAGAUGAAGAUAUUAAAUUAGAAGGUGAUUAUCCAAAUGAUCAAGUUAUUGAUAAUGUACCAAAUGAUGAUUAUGAUGAUGAUAAUAAUCAAACACAUCGUCACAAAAGUAAUAAUAAUAAUGAUAAUAAUAAUGAUAAUAAUAAUGAUAAUAAUAAUAAUAAUGAUAAUGAUAAUAUUAAUAUUAAUGAUAAUGAUAAUGAUAAUUGUUAUGGUUAUAUUUAUAAAAAUAAAAGUUCUACAUUAGAUGAAUCCUUAAAGCAUCAAGAAGUUAAUACAUCUAUUUUUUCAUAUACUAACAAAGCAGGUAUUUAUAAUAAUAAUGAUGUUAUUAAUUUCUUCAAUGAUGAUAAUAUUGAGAUGGAAUAUAAAAACAUCUCGUCUUUGUCGUAUAACAAAAAUGUGUGUGAUGCUAGCACUAAUUAUAAUGAUAAUAUAAAUAAUAAUACAAAUAAUAAUACAAGUAAUAAUACAAAUAAUAAUACAAAUAAUAAUACAAGUAAUAAUACAAGUAAUAAUACAAGUAAUAAUACAAAUAAUUAUACAAAUAAUAAUACAAGUAAUAAUACAAGUAAUAAUACAAAUAAUAAUACAUAUAAUAAUAUCCGUGUUAGUAAUAAUAACCAUUGUGAUGAUCAUCACAAUAGUUACGAUACGGAGAAUAUUAUAAACUAUGAAGAUUUAUUAUAUAACAACGAUUUGAAGGAAAAAAACAGUGAUCAUUUUAUAGACGUAGAAGAAGGAAUACGUGAAUAUAACUAUAAACGUCUUUUAUCGUAUCAAAAAAUUCAAACGAAUGAAAGUGAAGAUAUUAGAAAAAAUAAUGAUAAUUAUUAUAUGAAUAAUUUAAAUAAUGAUAUGUUUUCUUCGAAUGAUGAGAAUAUAAAAACAAAUGAACCUAAUAAUAGUAUAUCAUCUUUUUAUAAUAAAACAAAUAGUAAUUUUCUUAUUAAUAAUGAUAUAUGUGAUGAUAAUAAAAAGGAUCAGCCAAGUGUUCCUGAAAAGAAUAGACAUAUUUCAUAUAACUCAUAUGAAAAAGAAGAAGAACAAAAUUUAAAGCAUUCAAAUAGUUUAGAAAAUAAUUAUAUAAAUGUAGAGAAUGCAAGAAUAAAUAAUUUCUUUUCGUGCAACUAUACAUUGGACGAUAAAACAAAAAUUAAUAAUAGGAAUACGACAUAUACAAAUGGCAAUAAUAAUAAUAAUAAUAAUAAUAUUGAUGAUGAUAAAAAUGACCAUGGGGAUGAUAAGAACAACAAUAUUGAUCUUAAUAAUUAUAAAAAAAGAAACAACAGUAAUAAUAGUAGUAAUAAUAUUUACCAUUAUGAUAAUAAAGUAUAUAUGUUCGAUUCUGUAAAGAAAAAUAUAUCUACUAUAAUGAACUAUGAACCAUAUUCAUAUCAUAGUAAAAUGAAUAAUGUUAUAAAGGAUGAACAUGCCUUUUAUGGUAGUUUCUUAAAUAAAGAAAAAAUGAAUAAUAAAAUAAAGAAUCAUAAAAAUAAUAAUAUGAAUAAAAGUUAUAUAGAUAUCCAUGAUACUGAUACGAAUGAUAAUUUUAUAAGUGACGAUUUUAAUAAUAACAUGGGAGAAGAUAAUUAUGUAAAUAAUGUUUAUGAUGAUGAAGACGAUGUUAAUAAUAAUGUGGAUGGUAAUAAUAUUGAUGGUGAUAAUAUUGAUGGUGAUAAUAUUGAUGGUGAUAAUAUUGAUGGUGAUAAUAUUGAUGGUGAUAAUAUUGAUGGUGAUAAUAUUGAUGGUAAUAAUAUUGAUGGUAAUAAUAUUGAUGAUAAUAAUAUUGAUGGUAAUAAUAUGAACAGUAAUAAUAUGAACAGUAAUAAUAUGAGUGAAUCUAACUCAGUUAAUAUUUCUGUGCAUGAUUUGAAAAAUGUUAAAUAUAAUUCUUCCAUUAAUUUAGAAGAUCAAAAAAAAUGUAUGCCCAACAGCUCGUAUCAUGAUAUAAAGGCGAACACAUAUGAAAAGAUUAAUCAUAAUAUGGAUGUGCGUGUACAUAGUAAUAAUAAUCACAAAACGAAUCACGACAAUAUGAAAAAUGUAUUUGAUCAACAUUGUUAUGUGAGUAAUGGUAACAUGGAAUAUAUAAAGGAUAAUAUGAAUACUGUGAAUAGUAUUAAUAGUAUGAAUAGUAUGAAUAGUAUGAAUAGUUUGAAUGAUGUGAAUAAUGUGAACAACAUAAACAACGUCAACAACAUGAACAACGUCAACAACAUGAACAACGUCAACAACAUGAACAACGUCAACAACAUGAACAACGUCAACAACAUGAACAACAUGAACAACAUGAACAACAUGAACAACAUAAACAACAUAAACAACUUCAACAAUGUUAAUCACUCGAAUAGUAUGAAAAGCAUUGGAGAGUAUAACAUGAAUAAUUAUAAUUUACACAAUAUAAGAAUGAGUAAAGGUGAUGAUAAUAAUACGAACAAAGUAGAUGUAGGAAACCAUGUGAAUAAUUCGCAGAUUAUCGGAAUGAAAAAGAAUGACGUUAUAUACAGUGAUAUGAGCAUGAACUAUGAAAAUAUGAAUAAUAAUAUUAAUAAUUAUAAUAUUAAUAAUAGUAAUAAUCAUAAUGAUCUGCUUCCAAAUAAUAUUAACGAUCAGUAUAAUAAUGACUCUUUAAAAUUUAAAAAUAAUUUUAUUAUGUCUAACAAUUUAUGUGGAAGCACCAAUAUGAAUAAUAUAAACAUCUUAAAUAAUGUAAACAAUUUGAAAGAUAUAAAUACAAUGGACUUAUUAAAUAGUUCAAGGAAGUAUAAUAGUAUGAAAAAUGUUGUAAGUACUAUGGAUAUAUUAAAUAAUGUGCAUAAUAUUAAUAAUAUGAAUAGUGUUAAUAAUUGUGUUCGUAAAAAUUCGAUGUUUGGAGAAAGUAAUAUGAAUAGCAUGAAUAAUAUGAAUAGCAUGAAUAAUAUGAAUAGCAUGAAUAAUAUAAAUAAUAUAAAUAAUAUGAAUAGCAUGAAUAAUAUAAAUAAUAUAAAUAACAUGAAUAAUAUAAAUAAUAUAAAUAGCAUGAAUAAUAUAAAUAAUAUAAAUAAUAUAAAUAACAUGAAUAAUAUAAAUAACAUGAAUAAGGUUAUGAAAAAUGUAAUAAAUGUUAAUAGUGUGAAUAGUAUUAAUAGUAUGAAUAAUGCAAAGGUUGUGAAUAGUUUUAAUAACCUUAACAACAUCAAUAGUAUAAAUAGCUUUAUGAAGAAAAAUAAAAAUUUGGAAAAUGAUAUCCUUAAAAAUAUGAAUUCAAUGAAUAAUACAAUAAAAAGUAUAAACGUUAUACAUAAUAACAUAACAUGUAAUAAAAAUGGAAACAAUUUGCAGAUAUUAAAAAAUAAUAAUAUAGUUCAUUCAUUUGCUCAUAAUCCUACAAAAUUAUUAAUUAAUAAACAAAACAUGGCAUCUAAUAAGUGUAUGAACAUAAAAAUGAAGAGUAUAAAUAAUAAUCAUCAUCUUGUUGAUUGUAACAACAGAUCAUUGAUGAAUAAAAAUGUAAUGGAUUUUGCACAUAUGAAAGAUAAUAAAAAUUAUCAAACAAUAAGUCCAAAUAAUAAUUUAGCCUAUAGGAAAAAUAUUACAUCCAAUGGAAGUAAUAAUAUAAAUAAUAUGAUUAAUAUGAAUGGUGUGAAUAAUAUGAAUGGUGUGAAUAAUAUGAAUGGUGUGAAUAAUAUAAAUAGUGUGAAUAAUAUAAAUAGUGUGAAUAAUAUAAAUAGUAUGAAUAAUAUAAAUAGUGUGAAUAAUAUAAAUAGUGUGAAUAAUAUAAAUAGUGUGAAUAAUAUAAAUAGUAUGAAUAAUAUAAAUAGUAUGAAUAAUAUAAAUAGUGUGAAUAAUAUAAAUAGUAUGAAUAAUAUAAAUAGUAUGAAUAAUAUAAAUAGUAUGAAUAAUAUAAAUAGUAUGAGUAAUAUGAAUAACCUAAAUAAUAAUGUAAAGGUUAGUGAUCGAUUUAAUGGUUUCCUAACAAAUAAUAAGAAACCAGUAAUACCAAAUAUGCUAAAUAUUUUAAAUAAAGAAUAUGGAGAGAAUAAAUUAUUGAAUAAUGAUAACAUGGAAAACAUUAUUCAUAGUAAUAAUAAUAUAAAUGGAUUUAUGAAAAAUGAACAAAGUGUAAAGCAAACCAUGAACCAAUCAUUGAACCAAUCAUUGAAUCAUUCGUUGAAUCAAAUGGAAGAAAGACGAGGGAGCAUGCUGAAUGAUCAACAUGAUAAUAAUGUGGAUUUUUUAAAUAUGAAAAAAAACUCUCUUCAUAUAUCGAUUCCAAAUAACAAUAUAAAAAUGAAUGAAAAUGAUUAUGUGAAUAAAAAUAAUUUUAAUUUAGGAGUUGUUACCAACAACAAAAGGAAUAAUUUCCUUAAGGAUAGUAUGACAAAUAUAAUGUUAAACAAAAAUAUAAACAAUUUUAUAAAUAAUAAUCGAACCAAUAUACCAAACAAUAUGAAUUCGUUCAUAUCAAAUGUUGGUAUUCCAACAAAUGUUUCAAAUAAUACAAAUGUAAAAAAAAAUGAAUAUACUUUUAAUAAUAUGAUGAAUAUUCCUGUGGAAAAUAAAAUAAAUAAUAUGAGGGAUUCUAUAAAUACAUACAGUAAAGACAAUGUGAGUGAUAAUAUGUAUUCUCUUCCAAAUCAUAAUGUUACUCAAGUGAACAAUAAUAUGAAUAAUAAUAACAUUAUCACAAAUAAAAUGAAAGUUAAUAAAGAAUCGUAUACUUAUACACAUGGAAAAAACGGCAUAACAAUUUCUUCUCAUAUGAUCUUAUCAAACCAAAAGGUGAAUGAAGAAAAGCGUCCAAAUGUAAUAAUAGAAACGAAUAUGUACAACAAUAAUGUGAAUAAUAUGAAUAAUGUGAAUAAUAUGAAUAAUAUGAAUAAUAUGAAUAAUGUGAAUAAUGUGAAUAAUAUGAAUAAUAUGAAUAAUGUGAAUAAUAUGAAUAAUAUGAAUAAUGUGAAUAAUAUGAAUAAUAUGAAUAAUAUGAAUAAUAUGAAUAAUGUGAAUAAUAUGAAUAAUGUGAAUAGUUUGAACCAUAUGAAUUGUUUAAACCAUAUGAACAAUAAUAAUAUUAAUAGUGUUAGUACCUAUGUUAAGCAUUCUCUAAAUUUAAACAAUAAGAACGAUUUUAAUAAAAAUGCACAAGAUGAAUCCUUCCAAGUAAAUAAAAAUACUUACAUUAAUAAUGGGAAUAAUAAUUAUUUAGAAAACGUUAGAAAUGCCCAUAAUAAUUAUUUAGAAAAUGUUAGAAAUGGUCAUAAUAAUUAUAAUAGUUUUAGCAAUAUUCCUAAUAAUAACAUGAAAGAAAAUUAUUACCACAAUAAUCUGAACAUUGCUUCGAAUAAUAAAAACAUACCAAAUAAUAGUGUGAAUAAUAACAAUUGUAUGUAUAAUAAAAAUGAAAAACUACAUGAUAUAAAUAAUAACAAAAUGGAUUUUUUAAAAUGUCAUGUGGAUGAUCGAUUAAGUAUGGGAAGUGAUACAAUGAAUAAUGCUCCUCAUCCUUAUAAAAAUAGUGUACUUAUGAAUCCAAGUAGAAAGACAAGAAAUUCAAAAAAUGAAGAGAUAUUAAAUUUUAUAGAAGAUAAUGGAAAUAUGAAUGAGAGGAUACUGUCAGAUGUACAUAUGGAUGAUCAAAUAAAUGAAAGAAGAUUUAUAAGUAAAGAUAAUUUAAUAAUAAAAUGUGAAAGUAAUCAUGAUAUAAAUUAUAUAGAUAAAAAUCAAAAAAUUGAAAGUGGACAAAUAAUUGAUAAUAUGAAUAAUAUGAAAAAUAAUACAUUUUAUCAAAAUAAUAAAAUUAUACCAAAAAAUUAUGUUUAUAAUAAUAAAAACAUUGGUGAUAUUAACAAUGUAGUAUUAUUGAAGACAUCCUUAAAUUAUAAGGGUAUUAUAAAUGCUGAUAAAAAAAUGGAACAAGCUAAUAAAAAUUAUGUGGAAAAUAAUAUUGAUAUGUCUAACCUAAAUUCCCCAAUUCUUAAUCAUAAUAUACAAGGUAGUAUUAACGUUCCUGUUAAAUAUAAUCCGGAGGUCGUUAUAAAUAAUGAACUUCACAAGAGUAUGAAGUAUAUGAACAGUAUAGAUAAUAAUAGUAAAAGCAAUAAUAAUAUUAAUGUUAAUGUUAAUGUAAAUAAUAAUAAUAAUAAUAAUAAUAGUAUUAGUAUUAGUAAUAAUUAUAGUAUUAGUAAUAAUAAUAGUAUUAGUAAUAAUUAUUAUAAUCAUGAACUUCAAGGUGGAAAUAGGAUUAUUUCAUCCUAUAACUCAAACGAGAAUAUGAAAAAUAUAAACGUCAAAAAUGGUAAUAAUAAUAAUAUUAUUAAUGGUGUGAAGAAUAUGCACAAUAAUAAUCUGAUAUGUUAUCGAAAUAUGGACUGUCAUAAUUACAUUAUAAACCAACACAGUAAUAGUAUCCCAGAAAAAUAUAGCAAAAGCAAACAGUCCAUUGGAAAUUACAAUAUGAAGAAUAAAAAUGUACCAAAUGUCCUCGAAAAUAUUGGUGCAUGCAAUAACCAUUUAGGAAAAGGGUUUUAUGUUAACAAACACAGCCAUAUUAAUGAUAAUAAACAAAAUUCAUAUGAUGUUGAACAAGGGAAUUAUAAAUAUAUUUCGAACAGUAGUGAUUUAACAAAAAAGAAAAAAAAGAAUCAUGAAAAUAUGUUUAGAAUGUCGAAAAGUCAAUUAUUAAGUUUAGAAAGUGAUAUAAAAUAUUUACAAUCCUUAACAUCAUAUAUGAUUAAACCAAAAGAUUUAUAUUUUGAAACAUUUGAAGAAAUCGAUGUUUUUUCAUAUGAUAAAAAUGAUGAAUAUAUAAAUAACAUCAUUAAUGGUAAUAGUAAUAAUAAUAAUAAUAAUAAUAAUAAUAAUAUUAGUAAUAAUAAUUUCUUGAACUCAGAUGGUAUGCAUAUUCUAAAUAAUGGAUCAGGGAAAGAUUAUGGAUUAAAUGGAUGUAAAAUUAUGAAUAAAGAUUUUUUCAAUGGAAAAAUGAAAAGGGAAAUAAGAAAAACAAAAUAUUAUACAAACAAAUAUAGUAAUAAAUUAAAAUAUACUGUAAUUGAAGAAGGGUCAUUUGGUGUUGUAUAUAAAGGAUGGUAUAAAGGCAUGCAUGUAGCUGUUAAAGUACCAGUAGAUAAAAUGGCUAGACAAGAUCCAUAUGGAUUAACAAAAAGAUCAAUAAAUGAAUGGAAAAUUUUAGCAAAAUGUGAUCACCCUAAUAUUAUUAAAUUAUGUGGUGGUAUUAUACAUAGUUAUUUUGAUAUUUGGUUAGUUACAAAAUUAGUAAAUGGUUUGGAUUUACAUACCAUAAAAAAUAAUAUGAAUAAAGAUGAAAAAGUUCUUGGUAUAGAUAUAUCAUUAAAAAUGUGUAGACAACUAGCUGAAGUAAUUAAUUUUUUACAUACACCUAUUAAAAAUAAAAAAAAUGUAAUUAUACAUAGAGAUAUUAAACCAGAAAAUCUAAUUAUUGAUAGUGAUUGGAAUAUACAUUUAUGUGAUUUUGGUGAUGCAGAAGAAUGUGAAGAUGGUAUUGUUACGAAUGUAUCUGGAGCAACAUGGAUAUAUGCUCCACCUGAAUUAUUAACAUGCCAUCCAUUAAAACAAAGUAGUGAUUAUAAUUUCUUAGAUCAUACAAAAUUAUCAUAUAAAUGGGAUAUAUGGUCUAUGGGAUGUGUAUUCCAAGAAAUGAUGAACUUACCAUCACCUUUUCAACAUUAUAUUAUAACAUUUGAUGAAUCAGACCAAAUUUAUGAAAAGCUAGUUGAUGUAUUUACAAAAAAAUUACCUCCUUGUAUACAUUCCAAAAUUGAAAAUUCCCCAUUUGCUGAUAUAAUUAGAUUAUGUCUAAAUUAUGAUCCUAACUUAAGACCAACAGCAUCAGAAAUUGUUCAACUCUUGAACCAGCCAGAUGAAUAUUUACUUCUAAAGAGAAAAUAA